CUGCGGAUUGGAGGCUGGUGGGAGCGCCCUGCCCGCCCGUGUCUGUUGCAGGCAGGAGCACGUUGGGAAAGCGGCGGGGCGAAGGCGGCUUGGCUUCAGCCUGGGAGGGGCGGCGGGUCCUGGGUAGGUGCCGGCGCCGCCUCUCGCUUCAGCCCGGGAGGCUGGCAGGUGAGCUGCGGCAACCACCGAGGUGAGUCGCGGCGAUCGCUCCUCUGGAAACCGGCUUUGCGGAGGGGACCGUCUGCUGUGAAAAGUUCUUUCCAGAAAUCCUUGUGGCCAAGAUCCCAACCUUGGACUCUUCAGAGAAACCGUUCAGUCCUGAUGGCUUAUACUAUCAUCCAAUAACGUAAAAAGCCAGGAUUCGACUAUGGGUGAUUCUACAGCUGAGAUUGUUGGCCAAGCCACAGACAUGGAUUGCAAAGAUGGUCAGAUGGAGCUUGCCGAGAGAGUAGCUGCCAUCAGUGUUGGUCCCAAUGGAAUUAAACCAAACAGUCAGGAAGCAAUAGAAGAAAGUGUUGUUCUGUUAUCUCACUGCACAGCUGGAAACAACCAAAGGAAUGGGGUCAGUGUUGAUUCAGGCACCUCCGAAGAACUGGAUGACACUAAUGAGUUGCAUAAACCAAAGAAGAUCCCCAAAAGGCCCAUUUUGACUGGCAGGAAGUAUUCCCUUCAAGAAAAGACUACUGGGAAUUACUUGAGUUCCUCUGACCUUCCAGACUUUGGUCCAUAUGCCACAGGACCUUCCACGCAUAUUUCACCACGGACAGGGAGGAGGCCAACAAUAGAGUCCCACCGAGUCUCCAUCUCGGACGCUGCAGAUUGUGUGCAGCUGAAUCAAUACAAGCUGAAAAGUGAAAUAGGAAAGGGUUCUUACGGAGUUGUGAAGCUGGCCUACAAUGAAAAUGAUGAUCAAUAUUAUGCCAUGAAGGUCCUCUCAAAGAAGAAGUUGUUAAAACAGUAUGGAUUUCCACGCCGGCCUCCACCUCGGGGAUCCAAACCCAAUGCAAGUGGACAGAUGAAGCCAAUGGCCCCUCUAGAUCGGAUAUAUCAAGAGAUAGCAAUUUUGAAGAAGUUGGACCAUAUCAACAUUGUCAAGUUGAUUGAGGUACUGGAUGAUCCUGCAGAGGACAAUCUAUACAUGGCAUUCGAUCUCCUCCCAAAGGGGCCUGUCAUGGAGGUGCCAUGUGACAAUCCUUUUUCUGAAGAACAAGCUUGGCUCUAUUUCAGAGACAUUGUCUUGGGCAUUGAGUACUUGCAUUAUCAGAAGAUCAUUCACCGAGACAUCAAACCAUCAAACUUGCUCUUGGGAGAUGAUGGACAUGUCAAAAUUGCUGAUUUUGGAGUGAGCAAUCAGUUUGAAGGCAGUGAUGCCCAGCUCUCCAGCACUGCUGGGACCCCAGCCUUCAUGGCCCCCGAAACUAUUUCAGAUUCUGGAAAGAGCUUCAGUGGAAAGGCUCUAGAUGUCUGGGCGAUGGGUAUCACUCUCUUUUGUUUUGUAUAUGGAAAGUGUCCCUUCAUCGAUGAAUUCAUCCUGGCACUUCACAACAAGAUCAAAAACAAGCCCGUGGAAUUUCCAGAAGAGAUCAAGAUCAGUGAAGAACUAAAGAAUCUGAUUCUGAAGAUGCUGGAAAAGAACCCUGAAUUGAGGAUAACGGUUCCUGAAAUUAAAGAACAUUCAUGGGUCACAAUGUACGGCAAGCACCCUCUUCCUUUAGAGGAGGACCAUUGCACCAUAGUAGAAGUGACUGAAGAGGAAGUGAAGAACUCAGUCAAAACAAUUCCUAGUUUACCUGCUGUGAUUUUAGUGAAGGCCAUGUUGAGGAAACGGUCAUUUGCCAACCCAUAUGAGACCCAAACAAGGCGAGAGGAACGAUCUAUGUCGGCUCCGGGGGACUUGCUACUGCACGGUUUUCAGUUAAGCCCCUCUGUGUAUUUGCAUCCAGCUUUAAGAAACCAAGGAAGCCGGGAAGGGAUGAAAGAUCCAGAACUGCCCGACGUGAAUGAAGAUGAGACGACCACUUGAACCCCCUCACAUCACACGGACUGAUCAUCCAGCUACUGCUGUAACUAUUGUAACCGGUGGUGUUGUCUUGCACGCCAUGCUGUUCUCAUCAACCGGGCUUCGUGAUCUGUGGGAGAGACAGAAGACAUAAGCGCAACGCUAAGAACUAAAGCAGCAAACCCCCAACUCAAGAAACGGUGCGCUGAAUAGCUAAUCCUUCAUGCAACCUGCUGCCUGCAUUUCUCCCCCCCCCCCACACACACACACCAUAUAAGACAUUUCGAUGUUGUAAACUUGAGAUGUGCCUCUUCCUGCUGUGUUUCAUGUUGUGGUAACGUGUGUUUUUGGUCAGUUUUGCUGAAUGUCCCUUGCUAGGAGCUGCUCAGUUCAAAGUCCUAUUCCAGCUCUAAAUUAGGGCAUGAGCUAUUAAAGCAAUGGGAUUGCAAGCCCAGGUUAUCCCUCAACACAUUAGAAACCUUUUCACCUCUCUUAACUGCUGGCUCAAGGGCGCCCGUUAACUUUGGCUUGUUUUGAAAUGCAACAACAAUACAGUAGCCCGUGCGGUAAGUAUUCAGCUUGUUUUGCUUCGGCAUGUUUCCUAAGUUGCACAUGGCUGUAUAGGUUGGAACAUGCCCAGUGAGGUUGCUAAAAACUAGAAAGACUUCUGGAUUUCUCCUCCUUCAGAUAUUUCCCCCAAUUCUGAAUUGUCUGCUCAUUUCCAGACAUUCCAAAUUAAGGGAGCUAAGAUGACAGUUUCCCCUUGUCUUCUGCCUUUCUUCCCUUUUGCACAUGGAAAAGGGCUAAAGCUCAGUGGGAGGAUAGAUAGUUUUCUGCAUGCUUUUGGAUCCAAAUCCUGGGCCCGUCUUCUUAUGGAACUGAGAAGGCCUCUUCUGUGAGAUGAGGAAUGCUGCUGCUGGCCAGAACUGACAAUAACUCUGCCAGAUGAUUCGUGGUUUUUGACUUCACAUAAGUUAGCAUCAUAUGUUCCGUCCAAAUGAUAGCCAAAAAAGCAAACUUGACAUUAUGUAAGCAGUGGCUAAGCCUAUGCCAUGUGAGAAUUCUGCUCCUAGAGACGUCAGCUUUUUAUUCCAUGUUCUCAUAGAACUGGGUAUGUUUGGAUUAUUGAGCUAACUUAUUUCUGCGUCAGCCAC